AAAUAGCACCUGGGUAGAGUGGGUUGCUGCUGCGUGUGAGAACAUCGCACGAGAGCUCUCGCCCACAACCCCUCUUUAAUACUCCCUCUCAAGCCUAUUUUCUUUGUAUAACCGGCCUGCUAGGAAGAGACUUCGACCAUGGGGCCUUCCUUCGCGUGUCAAGUCCUGCUAGGUUUGCUGUUCUGGUCGCAUUUGUCAGUUUUUGCCACCCGCCAAAAUUCAAAGGUCAACGAUCGUCGUUUGCAAGACACACCAGCAUCACAAGACGGCAACUAUUCCACAGAUCUGCAAAAGCGACUGAGACGUGGCAUCUUUUUUCAAAACUUGUGGAGAGAGUUGUUAGGAAGGAGAAACAGCACAGCGUCGGACAAGGGUUCUCCUCAGGACAGCUUCUCAGAUGAUGCUGACUGGUCCAAUUAUUUCUGGGAUGUACCAACCUUACAGCCACCUGUUAUAGACCAGAGUGACGAGAGCUUUCGGGGGGAUGUUGCCGCCAUUAAAGAUGAUGGACCUCAGUCUAUGGGCAUAGGACCUACGGAAGAUGCAAACAGUACAGGUGCCAUUGGUCAGGCAGGUUCGGACAGAAAUGCUCAGUCAGGCAAUUCUGUGCUUGAUGUGUCAAAUCUUAAGACGCAGGUAAAAGAGGUUUUCCAGCUGCCUCUAGAUUUUCCAGUGGAGAUCAGUCUCACACCCACAAAUCAGCACAGACGUCGGGAAAUUACCUACAGUCUAACAGAACCAUUUGGGACAUUCAGUUCACCUGGAUACCCGCACCCUUACACCUCGGGCACCAACUACACAUGGAACAUCAAUGUCACCAAGGGCAAGGAUAUCAAGCUGUGGUUCUCUGACUUUUCAGUCGGGAGAAGGGGUGAAAAGGGUUGCCUGGGAUCCUCUCGGGACUAUGUGGUGGUGACCGCAAACUCCGUGGCUAAUGAGAGGUGGGUGCUGUGUGGCAGAGAUUCCAGGCUCAUCACCACCAGAGGCUACACAGCCGUGGUCCAACUGGUGUCCAGUCUCCACCAGGACAGGUUUAACAACACUGGAUUUUUCGCAGCAUAUGUAGAGUUACCAAUUCCAUCCUCAUCAAACAUACCGGAACAUACCAGGAAAGAGGCCAUUUCAGAGCAAGAACAGAUGACAAGUACAUCUCGAAUGAUCACAUUCAUGACAUUAGAAUCUCCUGUAACCGAUGGAUUCCAGGGAGAAGUGAAACUAUUGGAUACUAAUGAUGGUAUAGAGGUGACCCCCAGUCCAUUUAUAAAUAGUUCAUCCACAACUCCUACUACAGACCUUAACCAGAGAGGUUCAUCUACAGUACCUACAAGUCUGACUGUGCCAUCAGAUGCUCCUACAGGUGCAGAAGAUGCCACAGGUGCAGAUGCCCCUACAAACAAAGAGGCUCCUAACAGUGAAGAUGAUGCUGCAAUUGAAGAUGAUGCUACAGGUGAAGUUACUCCUACAGAUGCUCCUAUAGACGAUGCUCCUCCUACAGAUGAAGAUGCUCCCGUAGAGAAAGUUACUCCUGUACACGAAGAUGCAACAAGUGAAGAUGAUGCUACAGGCACAGAGGAUGCAACAGGUGCAGAUGAUGCUGCAGGUGCAGAUGAUACCUCAGGGGAAGUUGCUCCUCCUGGCAAGGAUGCUGCUACAGACACCGAUGGUUCCUCAGGAAAAGAUGCUUCUACAGUCCCAGUUACGGCUGCAGGCCUAAACCAGAGUGUUUCAUCAGACACUACAGGUCCAAUCAUAAAUACUAAAGACCUCACUCAGAAUGGUUCAUUAGAUGCUGCUACAGGCCCAGGUCUGAAUAUUUCCUCAAAUGCUACAGGCCCAAGCCUAAAAACUAAAGACGUAACCCUGAAUGGUUCAUCAGAUGCUGCUACAGGCCCAGGUCUGAAUAUUUCCUCAAACACUACAGGCCCAAGCCUAAAAACUAAAGACCUAACUGUGAAUGGUUCAUCAGAUGCUGCUACAGGCCCAGGUCUGAAUAUUUCAUCAAAUGCUACAGGUCCAAGCCUAAAAACUAAAGACCUAACCCUGAAUGGUUCAUCAGAUGCUGCUACAGGCCCAGGUCUGAAUAUUUCAUCAAACGCUACAGGCCCAAUCCCAAAGACUAAAGACCUAACCCUGAAUGGUUCAUCAGAUGCUGCUACAGGCCCAGAUCUGAAUAUUUCAUCAAAUGCUAAAGGCCCAAUCCCAAAGACUAAAGACCUAAGUCUAAAUGAUUCGUCAGAUGCUGCUACAGGCCCAGGUCUGAAUGUUUCAUCUAAUGCUACAGGCCCAAUGCCAAAUACUAAAGGCCUAACUGUGAAUGGUUCGUCAGAUGCUGCUACAGGCCCAGGUCUGAAUGUUUCAUCUAAUGCUACAGGCCCAAUGCCAAAUACUAAAGGCCUAACUGUGAAUGGUUCAUCAGAUGCUGCCACUGGCCUAACCCUGAAUGGUUCAUCAGAUGCCACAAACCCAACCCUGAAUACUACAGUCCUAACCCUGAAUAGUUCAUCAGAUGCUGCUACAGGCCCAGGUCUGAGUGGUUCAACAGAUGCUACAGGCCCAACUUUGAAUGGUUCAGAUACUUUUACAGUCCCAGGCCCAGGCCUGAAUGUAACAGGCCCAACUCUGAAUGGUUCAUCUGUGGGUAGCGGAUUUCCUGGGGAAGCGAAAGUGCUGGAUACAAAUGAGGUGGAUGGUCGAGUGGUGUCCCAAACCCCCGGCACAAGAAAACACACGAGUUUGUCUCCAGUAACAGUCGUCACAAUGGACCUCUUACCCAAGGGGCAGAGCACGGAGUAUGCACCAGGGGGUUUCCGAUUGUACACCAUGAUGUUUGAUCUGACUCUGUCGGACCCAGACUCUGUUUAUGGAGAUGAAAAUGUGCGAGACAUCAUCAUAGGGUCCAUCUUGGCUGUGAUGGAGGCAAGCCUGAAGAACAGUUCUUUCAAAGGAGACUAUAGGGACAUCCAUGGUCUGAGGCUUAUCAGCAAAGACAGCAAUGUUGCAACAUUGGAGACAGCUGUCGUCAUGAUGCCUUCUUCAACUGUGAGCAUGAAAGCCAUUGAGAACGUCAUAGAAAGAGCCAUGCAGUCGACGAGCCAGUGGAACACUACAGCAGCAAGUGCUUUUGCUUUCCAAGCUGCAUCUAUGAGAUCCUCUGAUCUGGAUGAGUGUGCCUUGGGAUGGCACAGUUGUCACCACCAUGCAGACUGUGUGAACACGGAUGGGUCCUAUACCUGCCCGUGUAAGAAGGGUUACGUUAUGAGCAACAAUGCCACACAGCAGGUUUGUGUGGAAAAAGCAGAAACUGUUGACACUGACAUGUGGAGGAAGGUGACCCUGAUUGUGUCGCCCAUCGCCGUUGCCUUGCUGUUGUGUUUGGUGCUGCUGGUGGUUUGUAUGACCAGAAGGAGGCACUACCGCUACAAGGAAGAUUACACCAUGAGCGGGGCUGGGAGACUCACCCCAGGCAGCUUCAUCCACAACAGUCAGCCACGGUCCAGGAAAGAAUGGCAAGAGAGGGGUGAUGGAGGGGACCCAGAGGGCACCACAGCGUUUACACGAGUGUAGAUUGUGACUUCACAGACAGAUGUUUGUUUAAGUAUCUGGAAUGUUUUGGAUACAGUCUAAACAGCUCUUUGCAGUAUGUGCUGACAAAGCAAGAAAACGGUGAUCAUUAAUUGAUUUUCAUCAGAAAAUUACAUGACAUUGUACAACAGGUGACUGUCGUAAUACAAGUACUGAAAGCUCUCGUGGGCAAGAUUAUAAUAGCUUUAAUCACACGUUUUGUAUUUUGGAAAAUAGUAGACAGACUUCCAUGUAUUGAGAGUAAUUUGAUGAGUAUAACAUGACAAAAUGAUUGCCAGUUUUUUCUGAUGAUAUGCAGUAGUCUAUACCAAGUGAUAAAUUAGAUGUCUAUAAAAAAUGCUAAACUUUUUGCUAUAAAUGAAGAACUUAUACAAUAGUUAAAGAAAAUCUUUGUGUCAAGAUAUUAAAAUUUGAUGUGUUCA